GUCUGGCUAUUACCGUCGCUUUAUGCAAAGCUAUGGUAAUAUUACAAAACCUCUUACUGAUCUCUUGAAGAAGAAUGCCUUCUAUUGGACAAAAGCAGCCACCAUGGCUUUUAAGAAGUUGAAGCAAGCCAUAACAUCAGCCCCUGUAUUGGCUUUACUAGAUUUCAACUCCACCUUUGUUGUUGAAUCUGAUGUUUCCAGUGGUGGCAUUAGUGCCAUUUUAAGCCAGAAGGGUCGGCCAAUAUCUUACUUUAGUAAGGCUCUAUCCACUAAACAACUCUUACCGUCCAUGUAUGAAAGGGAGAUGUAGGCCAUAUUGGCAGCUGUUAAAAAGUGGAGUGCUUACUUGAUCAGAAAACACACUCUAGCUCAACAACUUUGGGUGUUGAAGGUGAUAGAAUUUGACUACGAAUUGGUUUUCAAACAAGGAUCAUCCAAUAGUGCUGUCGAUGCCUUAUCCAGAGCUCAUGCAACCAGCUUAUGUGUUAAUUUCUGCUGUCAACACUGAGUUGGUAACAAGGAUUCGAGAAUCCUGGCUGAAAGAUCCAGCUCUUAUCCAUUUGCUUCAUAAGAUUAAGAGUGAUCCUACUCAAUUUCCAAAGUAUUCCUGGCAGGCAGGACAAUUAGAAAGGAAAGGCAAGUUAAUGUUGGGGGUUAAUGCAGAACUAAGGAGAAAUUUACUGCAGUAUUUCCAGGGGUCUGCUGUAGGAGGACAUUCGGGGAUGGAAUCUACAAUAAGGAGGUUGGCUAGUGUUGUCUAUUGGAAAGGACUUUAUUGA